GAAAUAGCGACGGCGGAGGGGGCGGCGGUGAUUGUAGUCGCGAGACGCGGAUUGAGGAGCAGUGAGGAGCAGCAGCAGCAGCAGCAGCAUCGCCAUCAUCGCCACCAUGAAGAUGGAGAUCCUCGUCUUGAUGUGCGCCGCCAUUACGGUAGCGGCGGCGAGCGGGGAGCGACGAGUUCCCGAGCUGUGCCUGGCGCCGCCGGAGGUGGGCUUGUGCCGGGCGCUGAUCCCCAAGUGGUACUACGACGCGGCCGCCUCCGAGUGCAGGUCCUUCAACUACGGUGGCUGCGGAGGGAACGACAACAAGUUCUCCACGCAGCAGGAGUGCGAGGAACGGUGCCUCGCCGACGCGGGCGAGAAUAACAUCACCCAGGAAGCAAGGAUGGAAGGUCCAACAGACGACACGUGCACGGCGCCGAUGGUCGAGGGCCCUUGCUUGGCCGCCUUCCUGCGGUGGUUCUACGAUGCGGAGAGCCAGGCGUGCCGAGAGUUCACGUACGGAGGCUGCCAUGGCAACAAGAACAACUUUGAGAGCAGCGCGGAAUGCAUGAAGGCCUGUUCCACCGAUCGUGCCGUCAAGAGCCAGAGGAUGCCCAUUCAGUUUGAGCAACCACUGCAAGGCGUGUGCACCGCUCCGCCGUUCGAGGGCCCGUGCCGCGCCUCGCUGCGACGGUGGUUCUACAGUCCGGACGACGCCACCUGCAAGGAGUUCAUCUACGGCGGCUGCCAUGCCAACGGCAACAACUUCGAGAGCCAGCAGGAUUGCGCGGCCGUCUGCUCCGCACCCGCUGGAGAAAACCAGCCCCACGAGGAACGUCAUAACGACUUGUUCGUGCACGUGCUGGGCGUGCUGGUCGCUGUGCUGGCCUCGCUCGUGGUGCUCGUGCUGCUGUUCCUGUGGAUGCAACGCCUCCGCCAGCGGCAGACCCACCUCCCCGAGGUGUUCACGGUGGUGCGGCCCAACAACCCCAAGCAGGACGACACCGAGUACCUGAUCCCCAACAUCGCUUCCUGAGCGUGUCGCUGGUGGUGGCGGGUGGCGGUGUCUCUCGUCAGCCACUCGACCGGCAUCGCACCGUGGCGCGCUCUCCCCCUCUAAAGCAGGGACCGCCCUUCCGGUUCACGUGGAAACCCCCCACCGGUCACCAGUUACUGAACCAAAAAGCAACCCAUCGCAUCAUUCCAUUUGGUUCUAUUGUGCACUUUAUUUUGGGUGAAUUGGUUAAGCUUGGAAGAUUGGAAUUUGAGAAACCCUGCUUUAAAACGCGCGUGUUGUUCUGAACGAGCUUGAGGUUCCCCCCCCCCCACCCGUGCACAGCCCCCAAUGGUAACAGAAUCAGAGUCUACAUACUGGAGGAAUCCGAUGAGCUAUAAAGCUCUUUUUCACAAUGUCCAGUAGAGCGCAGGGUGCGAAUAACCCCAGCCGCUGGGCGCUUCCCCCCUCGUGCCUUCUUAACGAACACCACUAGAGGCGUCGCUCUAUCCUCCUGGCACGUCCAGUGAGUUUUCGCACGGAACGGUAAUUAAUGAAUAUCAAGUCGUUUCGUUUUCAAUGUUGAUUGUGGCCUAUACUGCUAUAUAAACUGUUGAUUUUUUUUAUUGAUUGAAUUUUCACAGACAAACCUUUCUCAUUUGUGGUAUAAUUGCAAUAAAAUAUUUAGCUUAUUUGGUACAAGGGACUUAGUGUUUUGGUUAUGAAGUUGAUCCUAAUGCACACCAAGAUGGGUAUAAUCAGGUCUGUACGCAUCUCGUUUAAAAUGAUGCUGGAAAGAUAUUUGCACGAAAAUGCUUUUUCUGGAUACCACCAGGAAAUUAUGUUUGUAAUGUCUUUCGCUCCGCGCUGCGUUUUCGCGUUGUGCCGCGUGCCAUUCGGCACGACAUCCGACGUUUCGCUCCCGUGAGCUUGGGAGCUUCUUCAGGAACUGGAAUGCGGAAAACUUCGGGACAUCCGACCGAACGGCACGCAAGCCGCCCGCGGUGCAAUCCGAAAGCAAACCGGCACAAGCGGAAUGUCCGGCACGUUUUAAAAUGCGACUUACUCGCUAGCGAUCACUGGUGUAGAAGAGGUGUGUUGAGCUGUCGUUGUCGUCGCCCUUUAAGCAAUGCAUAUCGAUGCUCAUUUUUAAAGCUUUUUGUAGAACCUUUGUUGAUGUUUUGGACCAAGGGCCUGCACCUUGUUUUGUAUGUUUUCUAAGCGUAUUUGGCAAGGGGGGAGAGCGGGAGAGCGCGAGAGAGGACAAUGAAUGUUAUUGUUAAAUUGAAUUAAAACUUUCUGUUGGGUAUCGAAUAAGGAUUUUAUUAGCUGUCAUGGGUCGAGUAUUUUCUACUUUCUUGUGCGUCAAAUGUUUAAUAAAAUUGGAA